CAUCAACAACUUUCGCUGGCUUACUCAUCAACAAAAGUGUGUAACAUUGGACCAAGCGAAAAAAAAUGUUUUCGUGGAGAAACCGAGUUGGAAAAAUACAUGGCCACUUCUAGAAACGAAACAGAGUUACGUUGGGCGUGGAUAUCUUGGCAAAAUCAAAUGAGUAAUCUGAAAAAAAUCUUCAUAGAAUCUGUAUCUCUCCAAAAUUUCGGAGCAAGAACUAAUGAUUAUGAUAAUAUUGGUGAAUGCUGGAGGGAAGAACUUGAAGAACCAGAUUUAGAAAACCUAGUCCAUAAUUUAUAUAAGAAUAUUGAACAUUUAUAUAAUCUUCUUCAUGCUGUGGUUCGAUACAGACUAUCUGAAGCGUAUCCAGAAAUCGUUGAUCCAAGGAAACCAAUUCCCUCUCAUUUAUUAGGGAGUAUGUCGUCUCAAAAUUGGGAGUCUUUGAUAGACCUGUUACUUCCGAAGAAAAAUUUACCAAACAUAACGACUUCUAUGCAGAGAAAAAAUUAUACUGUGCAAAAAAUGGUGAAAAAAGCAGAAGAUUAUUACCUUUCUUUGGGUUUUCCACCAAUGUCGAAAACCUUUUGGGAAAAUUCUAUUUUUGAAAGAAGAAAUGAAAUCAUGAAUUGUCAUGCAUCAGCUGCAAAUAUGUAUCUUGACGACGAUUUUCGUAUCCUAGCUUGUUUGGAAGUUACCGCCAGAGAUUUUCAAAUUAUUCAUCAUGAACUGGGGCAUAUUCAAUAUUUUAUGGCAUAUAAGGAUCAACCAACUAUACUCAGGAAUGCGCCGAAUUCUGCAUUCCAUGAAGCAAUUGGUGAUGCCAUUCUACACGGAGUAAUGACUCCUCAACAUUUGCAACGAAUUGGCUUUAUUGACGAUUAUUUUCUGACUGAUAAUUUACCAAUUCUUCUGAAACAGGCACUUUCAAAAUUACCUCAAUUGCCUCACAGUUUAAUCAUCGAUAAAUGGAGAUGGGACGUUUUCUCUGGUAAAAUAAAACCAUCAAACUACAAUAGAUCAUGGUGGAAAUUGUUCAAAAAUUACAUGGGAAUUGUACCUCCAAUCCCACGAUCAGAAAUGUACUUUGAUCCAGCUGCUGUAUUUCACAUCACAGAAAAUGUUCCAUAUAUUAGAUAUUUUCUCUCUAAUAUCUUGCAAGUACAACUUUUCGAAAGUAUGUGUGAAGCAGCAGUUACAGGGAAAAUAAAUAAUCCGAAUUUUAAUAUGUCGCUGCAUCAGUGUGAUAUAUACGGAUCUAAAGACGCUGGAAGAAUAUUGAGGUCUUUAAUGAAACUUGGAAGCAGUGUGCAUUGGAAAUACGCCCUUUAUAUAACAACCGGAUCUUCCAAUUACAAGACGGGACCUUUAUUAAGAUAUUAUGAACCAGUUCGUAAAUGGCUUCAACUUCAAAUUGAUCAUUAUAAUAUUCCGGUAGGGUGGAAUUAG